UCUAAGUGUUGUAGUCCUUUCCUUACCCGGAAGUGUAUCGGAUGUCAGUUCCAUACGUGCCCUUGCUUGGCAGGACCUGUAUGUGAGGGAGAUACGGGGUUUAGUCCCCGUCGCCCAAAAUGUUACGGGCGGCCUGCAUUGUUUGUCGGGGACUGGUAAAGAAGCAUUCUGCAAAUGAUGCCAAAUUACCUGUACGGAGCCUACAUGUUCAGAGAAAUUGCCAUUCCCAUUUUUCAAGCUUGAAGAUUCACAGGCCAUUACCAAGUACUUCGACACGGUGGUACUCUUCACUCUCUCGCCUUCCACCACAGAAAAGCAGGCUUUGUCCUGUGAGCUAUGGAUUCCAUGCUAAACGGAACUUUUGGGUAGCGAGGUUGGCAUCCAGAUUAUUAAAACUUCGUUAUCUUCUCCUAGGAUCUGCUGUUGGUGGUGGAUACACGGCAAAAAAGACAUAUGAUCAAUGGAAGGAUAUGUUCCCUGAUCUCAAUGAAUACAAGUGGAUUGUGCCUGACUUUAUUUGGGAGUUGGAUCAACACAUUGAUUUUGAUAAACUAAGUAAAGCCCUCCCUGAUGCUGAGGAGUUGUCCAAGCUACUACCAGACUUUGAGAAGCUGGGAGAAAGCUUUAGUUUAUUAAAGGGAUGGUUCUCCGCAGGCCCAGGAGGGGAGACUGCCUUUAAAGCUACAGACAACCAGACCUUUGAGGGUUCUGAAAAACAGUACAAGAAGGGUUUGCUUGGUGAACUCAUACUAUUACAAGAGCAGAUACAGCAACAUGAAGAAGAAGCUCGCAGGGCUGCUGGCAACAUUAACAUGGGCACCUCACAGCAACAUCGCAAGGUCUCGGACAAGGAUAAGAUAGAUCAACUCCAAGAAGAACUUCUACGAACCCAGCUAAAAUACCAACGCAUCCUUGAAAGGCUUGAGAAAGAAAACAAAGAUCUUAGAAAGCUGGUGCUGCAAAAGGAUGAUAAAGGCAUUCAUCAACGGAAACUAAAGAAAUCCUUGAUUGAUAUGUAUUCUGAAGUAUUAGAUAUACUAUCUGAUUAUGAUGCCAACUACAACACACAGGACCAUUUACCAAGAGUAGUGGUGGUUGGAGAUCAGAGUGCUGGAAAGACCAGUGUCUUGGAAAUGAUUGCUCAGGCUCGAAUCUUUCCUCGUGGAUCUGGAGAGAUGAUGACUCGUUCUCCUGUAAAGGUUACUCUAAGUGAGGGCCCCCAUCAUGUAGCUAUGUUUAAAGACAGUUCGCGGGAAUUUGAUCUCUCCAAGGAGACAGAUCUUGCAGCACUGAGAAAUGAAAUAGAGGUCCGGAUGAGGAAAAGUGUGAAAAAUGGACAAACUGUUAGUCCAGAGACCAUCUCUUUAAGUGUCAAAGGUCCUGGGAUACAGAGAAUGGUGCUUGUAGAUCUUCCUGGCGUUAUCAAUACUGUAACAUCGGGAAUGGCGCCAGAUACCAAGGAUACGAUUUUCAACAUUAGUAAAGCCUACAUGCUAAACCCAAAUGCUAUUAUUCUCUGCAUUCAAGAUGGGUCUGUGGAUGCAGAACGAAGCAUUGUGACUGACCUUGUAAGUCAGAUGGAUCCACAGGGAAGGCGUACUAUCUUUGUCUUAACUAAAGUAGAUCUUGCUGAGAAAAAUGUAGCCAGCCCUAAUCGUAUUCAACAAAUAAUUGAAGGCAAAUUGUUUCCAAUGAAGGCAUUGGGUUACUUUGCUGUGGUCACAGGAAAAGGCAACAGCAAUGAAAGUAUUGACUCUAUUAAAGAUUAUGAAGAGGAGUUUUUUCAAGGAUCAUCACUUUUAAAAAAAGGCAUGCUAAAGGCUCAUCAAGUGACAACCAAAAAUUUAAGUCUUGCUGUUUCUGACUGCUUUUGGAAAAUGGUUCGGGAAUCGAUAGAACAGCAAGCUGAUGCUUUUAAAGCCACACGAUUUAAUCUUGAGACUGAAUGGAAGAACAAUUACCCACGGCUUCGUGAGCUUGACAGGAAUGAACUGUUUGAGAAAGCCAAGAAUGAAAUCCUUGAUGAGGUUAUCAGCCUUACACAGGUUACGCCAAAGCACUGGGAAGAGAUCCUUCAGAGGACAAUGUGGGAAAGAGUGUCUACUCAUGUUAUUGAGAACAUCUACCUCCCAGCAGCCCAAACUAUGAAUUCAGGCACUUUCAAUACCACCGUGGACAUAAAGCUGAAACAGUGGACUGACAAGCAGCUGCCCAAUAAAGCCGUAGAGGUUGCAUGGGAGACUCUUCAACAGGAGUUCUCCCGCUUCAUGACAGAACAGAAAGGCAAAGAACACGAUGACAUAUUUGACAAGCUUAAGGAGUCAGUGAAAGAGGAGAGCAUCAAGAGGCAUAAAUGGAAUGAGCAGGCAGAAGACAGUCUGCGUGUUAUCCAGCACAAUGCCUUAGAAGACCGUUCCAUUUCAGAUAAACAACAGUGGGACGCAGCCAUUCAUUUUAUGGAAGAUACCUUGCAAAGUCGCUUGAAAGACACUGAGUCUGUAAUUCGGGACAUGGUGGGACCAGAUUGGAAGGAGAGAUGGAUUUCUUGGACCUCCCGGUCUCCAGACCAGCACACACGUAAUGAAACGAAAAAGGAACUAGAAAAAAUGUUAAAGGUUAACGAGGAUCAUCCUGCAUAUCUUGCUAAUGACGAAGUAACAACUGUAAGAAAAAAUCUAGAGGCCAGAGCAGUAGAGGUGGAUCCAGUUUUGAUAAAAGACACAUGGCACCAAGUUUACAGAAGGCACUUCUUAAAAAGUGCCCUUGAUCACUGCAACCUUUGCAGAAGAGGAUUCUACUAUUAUCAAAGGCACUUUGUAGACUCAGAGUUGGAGUGCAAUGAUGUGGUUCUGUUCUGGAGAAUACAGAGGAUGCUGGGAAUUACUGCAAACACUUUAAGACAGCAGCUUAUUAACACAGAAGUACGGCGUUUAGAGAAGAAUGUAAAAGAGGUGUUAGAAGACUUUGCUGAAGACGGUGAUAAAAAAGUAACCUUAUUAACUGGAAAGAGGGUCCAGCUAGCAGAAGAUCUCAAAAAAGUUCGAGAAAUCCAGGAAAAACUUGAAGCAUUUAUUGAAGCCCUUCAUCAAGAGAAAUAGUGGAUGCCGCCUGGCUAGGAAAAAAACUUAGCAGCCCCAUACAAUUGGAUUUUCAGGAAUUUUCUACUCAGUUUGGAGAACAUUUUGUGGAAUCUAUAAAGCCCAUCCUGCAGCUUCUCAUUCAUUCAUUCAUUCAUUCAUUCAUUCAUUCAUUGUCGUCAGAAGAGAAGCCCUGGCAGAAGUCUAUAAGUUCAGUUCCUACACAACUAUAAACUAUAUGUACUGCUGCUGUAUUAAUAGUGAUGUGAUCAAAUUAGAUGUAUUCAAUUCUAUUACAAUAGCAAGCUACACAGGGGAAGCCUAUCAUUUUAUCAGCUGUAUAUAUGUUCCGAUUGGUAAGUUCCCUCAUACCGUUGACCUUACAGACUUAUACAUUACAGUAUGCAGGUCACCUGCCAAGUAAUAAUCUUUCCUCUCAAAUGAAAUGCAGCACUGAUUCUAUUAAAUAUCUCAUUAGAAAUGUUCAGUUCUGUCUUUAGCAUCUUGUUCCAGCAAAAGUUUCCAGCCCAUGUACCGAUGUGUCAAAGAGAAUUUUAAACCAUUAAUGAAGUGUUUCUAGGGAACGUGUGAAGUGGCAUUAGCAUAGAACUCCACCUUGCUCCAUUCAGGUAUAUUGUUUUCAGUUUGCCUAGUGUUUUUGCAUGAUGAUUUGGGUGGAACAGGGAGAUAUUUACUUCAUUUGAUUCAUGAAGAACAAAGCACGCAGGGAAAGGAUAGAGCAAAAUGCUGUAACUACAUACACAGGCCAUACUGCAACCCAGCACAACAAGCUGAGAUGCCAUUCCUCCUAGGGGAAGUUUCUCAUAGCAGAAAAGUACCAAUCACUGUGGGUGAGGCAGGAUGGCCAUAUGUCACCUUUUUUAAGCUAAUUCCACAAAAUACUUUUUCCAAUGAAUUCUGAUUUUACAGAGUAUUUUAAGGAUACUGUUGACAAUGAAUUCUUGCAACUGAAAUAUCUUUUUUUUUUUUUUUUUAAAUCGUGAAAUGAACUCUGCAUUAAAUGUUUAACACAACUAUUUCAUUGUAGUCUAGGUAAAUACAUGUAUAUUUGUAUAUAUGCGUAUAUGAUAUAUACAUGCACUGACCACAUGUAGAUGAAUAUAUGGCCACACAAACCCACAUACAUCUUUAAAGGUGCAACUGAUAACUCUGGUACUCUGAUAACUCUGUUUCACACUGUCAGAGUCACUAUUAUCCAAAUUCACAGGCAUGGAAGUCGAGGUGUCACCCCCCCCCCCCAGUACUGUAAAAGGGAAACAAAAGGGAUCCUUUUCCUAGGAAUUGUGCGUUUAGGUGUUGAAUAAAGCAGUGCACAGUGGCCGUUGCAUCAUUUUAUUCAAAUUAUAAGAUGAAUUACCAUUUUCUAGUCAAUGUUGUUUCCAGGCUAGUAACCCAAAGCAGCUUUUUAUUCGUUUUGUGCAGAGGUUCCCAAACUUGGUGCAGUUUAGUGUGAGAUUUAUUGAUUACUCCUUUAUUCUACUUGAUAUUCCUGGAAACCCAACCUAAGGGCUGACACAUAGCAUUGUUUUGUAUUAUCCUUGAGGUAAGGGGAUCCUAAAAAAUAGAGGAGCACUAAAG